AUGACUGAGGAGAGCCCAGAGGAAGAUCAUGAAUCUCCUGGAGCAGCAGAAACAAACCCAGGAAGCCCUUCUUCAAAGAACAACAAUAACAACAACAAUAGCAGCAACAACAAAGAACAAGACCGGUUUCUUCCAAUUGCUAAUGUCGGAAGAAUCAUGAAAAAGAUCCUUCCGGUGAACGGUAAGAUCUCGAAAGACGCGAAAGAGACCGUUCAAGAAUGUGUGUCGGAGUUCAUAAGUUUUGUGACUGGUGAAGCUUCUGACAAGUGUCAAAGAGAGAAGAGGAAAACAAUCAAUGGAGAUGACAUCAUUUGGGCUAUUACAACUCUCGGUUUCGAAGAAUAUGUAGCUCCUUUAAAGGUUUAUCUCUCCAAAUACAGAGACACAGAAGGAGAGAAAGUCAAUAGUCCUAAACAAAGACAGCAGCAGCAGCAACAGCAACAACCAAAUCAUCUACAACAGAAUCAUCAUUUUCAGUUCCAAGAACAAGACCAUAGCAACAUUUCGUGUACUAGUUACAUCUCUCAUCAUCACCCUUCUCCAUUCUUGCCUGCCGAUCAUCAACCGUUUCCAAAUCUACCCUUCUCUCCUAAAGCAUUGCAGAAACAGUUUCCGCAGCAGCAUGAUAAUAUUGAUUCCAUUGGACAGUGGGGAGUGUGA